CCUUGUCCAUCGUAUGUUGCAUUUACUCUUCCGACCAGAGAUUGUAUUGACAGUCAUUUGCGGCCAGAUCAAAGGCGCUUGGUGACCGGCGCGAAACGAAAACGACCACGACAUAUCAGCUUGCCACCUAGCCCCUUUGACCUUGCCAUUCCAUUUUUGAUCAUGUCUCGAUCUGGAACUACCCUCUACGUCACGGGCUUUGGUCAUGGCACCCGUGCCCGUGACCUUGCCUAUGAGUUCGAGCACUAUGGCCGUCUGGUCAGGUGCGACAUUCCUGCUCCCAGAACUGCGUCAAGCCGUCUCUUCGCUUUUGUCGAAUACGAGAGCCGUCGCGAUGCUGACGAUGCCUACCACGAGAUGCAUAACAAGCAGAUCAGUCGUGAUGAUGUCUUGAAGAUCGAGUGGGCCCGUACAUCUCCAUCCACCAUCUGGCGAUACGAAUCUGGCGGUGGCCGUCGUGAUCGAACUCCUCCUCGCCGAUCUUCUCCUUCUCCUUCCCCUCGACGUCGCGACUACUCUCCCCGUAAGGGUGAUCGCCGUGACCGUGACCGAGAUCGGGAAAGAGAUCGGGACCGAGAUUACGAUGACCGACGCCGCUCGCGCAGCCCCGCGCAUCGCGACCGUGAUCGAGACCGGGACCGGGACAUAAAGGAUGACCGCGACCGCCGUGACGACGACCGAGAUGGCGCUGCCAAUGGCGACGACCGGAAUGCUCUGGACCCCCCUCCCCCAGCUCACGAUGAGCUCGAUACCGCGGAAUGAUAAGGCAGCAUGAUCUGCCCACACCCACCUGGUGCCAAACCCGGCGUGCUGUUUACUGCGAACGAACAAGCAAGUAGGUUUCUUGCGAUUGGGCAAGGCCACAAGUUACUGCGUUUCCGAAUGGCGAGAAGGCGCUAGGUUCCCUUCGGAUUUUUCGUCCUUGGCAUCGUUGCUAUCAUGAUUCAAUUGCAGAACUUGCAUGACCUGAGAGCCUCAGGCGUAGCAGUGAGCGGUGGGUAAGAUUGACUUGACAUGGGAUUAGAUCGACCUCGAGCGAGCGGCGCAGGCUCAAUCCUGUACAACAGCCGGCUUCUCGAUCGUACCGCCGUCCUCACUUUUUCUGUUCCUCUUCGAGACGUCACAGCAGCUCUAGUAUCAGCCUCGUUCCCGUUCAUCCGCAAUUCCCGUUCAUCCGCAAUGAUGC